AUGUCGUCUACUGAAUCAAAAUCAAAGAAAACUUCUGAUUUUUAUCAAGCAUGUCGUAAUGGCUUAAUCGAUGAAGUUCGUGAACGCUUACCAAAUAUGACUCUAGAAGAAGUCGAUAAAAUUGAAGAAAAUGGUUCAACAGCACUUCAUGCUGCAACCUACUUUGGUCAUACAGAAAUAGUUAAAUUAUUAUUAGAAAAAGGUGCUAGUCGUUCGAUAACGAACGGUUAUAAAGCUGUACCGUAUGAUGAAGCUGAAAAAGAGGAUAUUAAAAAAUUAUUUCUACGUCCAACAACAACUCGAUUUUCUGAUGAUGGAUCGGGCCGUAUUGAUUGGAUAAAAUGUGAUGAUACAGCUGAAGUUUUAGCAAGUGAAUAUCGAUUUCGUCAUAGUGGAUUUGGAUGGCAAAGUAAAAAUAUUGAACAUCGUUUAAAACAUAUCAAAGCGGAAAUGUCUCAUACAGAACAUGAACGUAUUAGUGCAUUUAUUAAUAAAGCACAAGAUGAUCCAUUUUGUCUUCUUAAAGCUUAUACUUGGGAAUCUGAUUUUUAUGUUAAAUUAAAUCGAGAUUUAGCAAGCAAACAUUUUGAUCAGGGUACAAAUUUUGGUAUAACAUAUUUUAUUGAUUUUUUCUACAACCAUCCAGCAUUCGAAGAUUUUUCAUACAAAGGAAAAGUAUAUCGUGGCAUGAGCAUAACACAGGAUGAUCUUAAACAAUAUAGUAUUGGAGGAAAAGUUAUGAGCAAAGCAUUUAUGUCAACGUCAAAAGAUAAAAAUAUUGCUGACGAUUUUAUUAAAAAGAAUCUAAGCUAUCGUAAAAAACAACAUGGUGAACUUGUCAAAUUGUCCGCUUUGUGUACAUAUGAAAUAGUUAACAGACGAACUGGAUUAUAUAUUGCAAAAAUAUCCGAAUAUGGACAUGAAGAAGAAGUAUUGAUAGGCCCAUAUACAGCUUUUAUAAUUAAAGCAAUUCGUCAAACUUCUCCAAAAUAUGUUGAAAUUGAUCUUCGAGAAUGUGAAAUAGUCGAUAAAAAAGAACAAGAUGAUGAUGAUGAUUUUGAUGAUGAUUAG